GGCAGUCCGCCAGGGCGGGGCAGGAUGGAGCUCCGCGUCGGAGGCAAGUUCUGGCUGGGCCGCAAGAUUGGCUCGGGCUCUUUCGGCCUGCUCUACGAGUCCAGGCUGUGCAAGAUGAUCCUCGGCGGCGGCGGCGGCGUCCCGAACGGCAACUACAGCGUCAUGGGGCCCGUCCCUCGAGAAGAUCUUUUCAGUUUCUGCAACCGCGAGUUCAGCCUCAAGACGGACCCUAUGCUGGCCGACCAAAUGAAUAACCGAGUUGCGUACGUCCACCGCGAGAACUACAUCCACCGCGAUAUCAAGCUCGACAACUCCCACAUGAUGAAGCAGGUCAUGCUGAACAUCAAGAUGGAGCCUACGAUCGAGGAUCACCUGUACUCGGAGUACAGGGGUGCCCUCAAGGUCACGGCGGUCGGGUACGACGCCAAGGAGUCAAGCGGGGCGACGAAUGCCAUCAAGAAGAAGAACAACGACCAUAUGAGCCACGGGAACCUUGCCAAAUCGAACAGCAAGAACAUGCAACAGGCUCAGAAUCUUGAGACCGAGAAUAAGGGCUAUUUUAUCAAGCACGACUGGAACACAGUCACGGGGAUCAUGGGAGCCAGCCAUGGAGUUUACCUAGCGGAGACAGGCAACGAAGUCAUCGCACUACUGGAGUCGAAAGGCACAGAAGUCAUGCAAGCACACUACGUCUUGAUCCCGACAAACACACCAUCCGCUCGUUUGAAGUCGGCGGUCAUGGCAUAUGGAAUCGCGACAAGACCGAUGCAGAUACCAGUGCACGAGCAGAUCUCCACGAAGGGCCAGGCGAAGGAAGUUUCACGGACGCGCGACGGGUACGUUUGGGCCAUCAACGUGGCGCUGGAGGACGACGAACCACCGUUACUUCAGUUGAAGCACGAAGCGCCCAAGGCACCAGCAUGGACCACGGAGCUCGUGAACGUGAUCGCCGUGGUAUCAGAGUUUCACAACGAAGCGGUACUCAAGGCAAUACAUCAGCAACAUCGAGAAGCCACCGACGCCCUUGCCAAACUCAAAGACAAAGAUCGCGACUGCGCCAACAGCGAGCACGGGCCAAAGUGGGAGAGGACGAUUACAGACGUGGAGAGCGACACUUUGCAGUGCCACGACAACGACGAGAGCGACUGCGAACCCACAU